AUGACAUUUCAUAUGCUAACGAUCUCAAUGGUGACAUCUGUAGUGAUACUUAUCGAUUGCCACUAUGCCGAAAAACUAAGAGCAAAGCUGUUCAAGAAAAAGUUAGAAGAUUCAGCAACUGAGACGACUUCUUCUAAUAAUGAAGCUUUAUUAGAAUUAUCUGUUUCCCUUCAUAACGUAACUUCAUCAAAGGUCACAUUUGCCUACAACACUACUUCUAAAGCAGCAAAAAACGAUAUACAACGUCGUCGAUUCUUCGAUCGCGAACAAAUUAAUCUUGAAUCACAUCAGUUAGUGUGGUUAGGUCAUUUGGUAACGUUAACAAUUGAGAAUCUUCGAAAAGUUAUUGAUUAUGUUAAAGUGUUUGAUAACGCGAAAGAAUGUUUAACAUACAUUGAAGAAGCAAAAUUAUCAACAAUCUUUUUAGUAAUACCAUCCAGUGAGUCAGGUGAACUUUUUAUUUCACAAAUUACUGAUUUUAAAAAUAUUUGGUCUGUUAUUGUCUAUGACUUUGAGGCGAAUCAUUCCGAGUGGAUUUCAAAUCAUUCAAAGAUCAAAUGUGUUUGCAAAGAUCCUGACCAAUUAUUAUGUGAUUUGAAAGUAGACGUCUUACAAUAUAAAAAGUAUAAAAAUAAUGGAAUUUUUAAUGAUCCUGGAAAAGAAGACAACACAACGGAUGAUGCUAUUGAAUCUUGGUGGAUAACUUAUAUGAAUGUUCUAAUUUAUUUAUCAUAUCCAGAUAGAUUUCAUCAUAAACUUGUUGAUUCAUUAAGAACUUAUUACGAUGGUAAAGAAUCAGAAUUAAAAAUUCUUGAUGAAUUUGAGAAAGAAUAUAAACCAGAUAGAGCUGUUUGGUGGUAUACACGUAACACAUUUCUCUAUAGUAUUUUAAAUCGUGCACUUCGUCAACAUAAUAUUGAAGUGAUGUUUCUCUUUGGUUUCUUUGUACAAGAUUUGUAUAGGCAAGUACAAACAGAAUAUGAAAGACUUAAACUACGACAUUCAACAGAACCGAGAAUUAAUGUCUAUCGUGGGCAGAUAAUGUCACGCAAAGAAAUUAAUGAACUCAAUAGUGAUUUCAACAUUAUAAAUAACGGUUUACUUUCCACUUCCCCAGAUCGUCAGUUGGCACUCUUUUUCCUUCCUGAAGCUGAUCAAAUGGAAGAUAGUAGUUAUGAACGUGUUCUAUUCGAAAUUGAAAUUGAUAUUCGUCGACAAUCACGUCCUUAUGCCGAUAUUUCACAUUUGAGUCAAUUUUCAGGCGAAUUAGAAAUUUUAUUUAUGAUGGGAACACCAUUUAAAAUAGUAAGACAAAAUGGUAUCAGUUACGACGAAAAUGAAAAAUUAUGGACUGUGAAAUUACAAUUAACACGAGAUGAAUUUUUAGUAGAUGAUAGAGUCGUUGAAAGUUUGACAUGUGAUAGUCAGCGAUUAAAAAUGUGUCUAACUCCCUUGUCUGAUAGUUUGCAGUUUGCAUCGAUCGCAGAUAUAAACUUAAUUUUUGAUAUUUUUUGUGAUUUAUAUCCACAAGAAGAAAAAUGGAUUAAUGCACUUCGAUUUCAUUGUAUCGGUCGAUAUCAGUCUUGGCCCGAAAACAAUAUUAUAGCAGCAUUAUCUUAUUAUAGUAAAGCAUUACAGACUUGGAAUAACGAGUCAAACUAUUGUUCAAUUAACAUUGGACAAAUUCACCAUGACAUCGCUCGUUGUUACUCAAAGGACGUAAUUAGAAAUUCAAGUAUGUCCUCAAAAUCUUUCAAUUUGGCUAUAGAAUCUUACAUCAAAGCAAUUGGAGAAACAACAACAGAAAUUGAACAAAUAGACAUAUAUGAAAAAUUGUCUCAACUCUACAUGAACAUUGGUGAUAAUCUAAACGUAAUACAAUACAAAGAAUUACAAGUUCAAUAUACACUGAAAUACUAUUCAUCAAUUGAUGAUGAGAAAUGUGCUAUUAGCCUCAAUUCUUUAGCUUUCCUGUAUGAAAAAAUAAAAAGAUAUGAUAAUGCUCUAACUAAUUAUGAAAAAGCUCUAAAAAUUCUUUUAGAGUCAAUCGUCAGUCAUAGUUCGUGGUGGAUUAUUACCAUUUGUAACAAUUUAAUUAAGAUCUACAAUGAACAAAAAGAUGAUUAUAAUUCGACAUUAAAGUAUGAAUUGAUUAAAAAUGAAUAUGUAUUGAAAGACAAUGAAGGAACAAACGAUAGUACGUCGUAA